AUGACCAGGUCAGAGGCAGCUGGUUCAGGUAACCUUGUGAUUGGUUGUUGUGUGAUAUCUGGCAAGUCUUGUUGCGUGCUCUUUGAUUCUGGAGCGACACACUUGUUUGUGACAGAGUCUUGUGUGCGGGAGUUGGGUAUGCCGGUGUGUGAGCUACCGUUUGACCUCGUGGUAUCUACCCCGACAUCUGGGUUGGUUAGGACUUCUUCGGUGUAUGUUAGGUGUCCAGUUGAAGUAGAGGGACGCGUAUGUAAAGUCAAUCUUAUAUGCCUCCUUCUGCAAGGGCUUGAGGUGAUAUUAGGAAUGGAUUGGCUCUUUGCCAAUCGCGUUCUCAUCGACUGUCGAGAGAAGAAGUUGUUGUUCUCUAACUCAGAGGAGCCUGAGUUGUUGUUUUCCCAUGGGGUUAUGAAGGAAAUUCGGGACGGCGCAUAG